AUGGCGAAACGACCCAAUUUCAUGGUCAUUGUCGCCGAUGACUUGGGCUUCUCUGAUGUGGGCUGCUUUGGUGGCGAGAUUCGUACCCCUCACAUUGAUAAGAUCGCAGAGGAGGGCUUGCGAUUCACUGAUUUCCAUGCGGCGGCAGCAUGCUCUCCCACACGCGCCAUGAUUAUGACCGGCACAGAUCACCAUAUCGCAGGUCUGGGUAACUUGAUCGAAUGGACCAACAUUUCCGGACAGAAUGGACCCAAGGGCUCUGCAAUGAGCACUGCCCCGCAGCGUGGUAUGCCUGGGUACGAAGGGUACCUAAACGAGCGCGUGGUUGCCCUUCCCGAGGUUUUGCGGGAUGCGGGGUACCACACCAUGUUAUCCGGCAAGUGGCAUUUGGGCCUAACGCCCGAGCGUUCCCCUCACAAGCGUGGAUUCGUUCGCUCAUUCGCCCACCUCCCCGCCUGUUCCAACCAUUACGCCUAUGAGCCCCAACUGCGCGAUAAUGACGAUAUUCCUACUUUCAUCGAGGCGAGCUACAUCGCACUACACAGCGAGGACGGAGAGUAUGUACGCAACCUGCCCGAAGACUGGUACUCGUCCGACGGCUAUGGAGACAAGAUGAUCGAUUAUCUACGCGAGUGGAAGGAGUCUGGCGGCAGUGAUGGACCGGAUGGGAAUGGUGAUCGGCCGUUCUUUGGUUACCUGCCAUUCACAGCGCCCCAUUGGCCACUCCAGGCACCUCGCGAGUACAUCGAUCACUACCGUGGAGUCUACGACGAGGGUCCUGAUGCUCUACGUUUGAAGCGCCUGCAACGCCUGAAGGAGCUUGGGAUGGUCCGUGAAGAUGUCGAGGCACACCCUGUCGUUGCAGAUGAGAUCAAGGACUGGGAUGAAUACACUGAUGAAGAAAAGAAGAAGUCUUGUGUAUCCAUGGAGGUCUUCGCUGGAAUGGUGGAGUGCAUAGAUGCGAAUGUGGGCAAGGUCGUCGAGUACUUGCGCUCGAUCGACGAGCUGGACAACACAUUUGUUUGUUUCAUGUCUGACAACGGCGCAGAGGGCGCCGCAUACGAGGCUUACCCCAUGGUGCAAAACGGCGUGAUGCCCCACCUACAGAAGUACUAUGACAACAGCCUCGACAAUCUGGGUGCUGGUAACUCCUUUAUCUGGUAUGGUCCGCGCUGGGCGCAGGCUUCUACCGCCCCAUCUCGUCUCUAUAAAGCCUACACAACCGAAGGUGGAGUACGAGUUCCCUUCACUUGCCGCUUCCCCAAGAACAUCAACCUCAAGCCCGGCGACGCAACAGCACCGCAGGGUGGUAUCACCGACCAAUUCUCUACCGUCAUGGACUUAGCUCCUUCUAUCUUGGACAUGGCCGGUGUCAAGCACCCUGCGCCAACAUAUCAAGGUCGUGAAAUCGUUUCUAUGCGUGGCCGCAGCUGGCAACCCUGGGCCACCGGCCAAGACGAGCGCAUCCACCCGAAGGACUUCAUUCAAGGCUGGGAGACUUGUGGUCGUGCUGCACUUCGUUGCGCCGACUGGAAGAUUGUCUUUAUCCCCAAGCCCAAAGGUCCUGAGAAGUGGCAACUGUACAACCUCGUCGAGGACCCUGGUGAGAUCCACGAUUUGGCGGACCAGGAGCCAGAGAAGAUGAAGAAGCUUCUUAAACUGUGGGACCAGUACGUCCUUGAGACGGGUGUUAUUCCGUUGUGCCCUGAUUUGGGCGCCUUCCUUGAGGCCACUGAGGCUCAGAUGCCAGAGAAUGCUUGGAUGGAAUUUGAUUACUGGAAGAGUGGUGCUCGGGACACCCCUGAGAAAUUUACGCGCGAACCUCCUCGUUUCCAACGGAGUGUUCAGCAGUGGUAG